ACAGUGGCGGGACCUUUUCAGGGGGAGUAACCGUGCAGCUGCUGAACCAGGAUCCGGUCCCCGGCGGAUUGUCACAGGAAGUGGGUGUCUCAGACGGUCCUGUACUUUCUGCCCUGUUGUUUUUAACAAGGAGCCACUUAUUCUUAUCUGCCCAAGGCCAGGCUGUCUCCUGUCUCAAAAGAAAUACAAAAUUCCGAGACUUUCCGGUUAGCCGAGGCUCUCAAGUGUCCCCUUCGGUGGCCCGAGAGCGGGGUUUUGCUCAGGCGCCCGCCGCGGGCAGCUUCUUCCUCCGCGGGUCCUCGGCCGCCGAGAGAAGCCCCGGGAGUCACUGAGAGCGCAAGAUGGCGACGGCGGCCGCAACCUCGGCUUCGGAAGCGGAGGCCGAGCCCAAGGCCGGGCCCACCGCGGAGGGCGAGGAAGAUGAGGCUAAGGCGGCUAGGACGAGGAGGAAGGUGUUAUCGCGGGCCGUGGCCGCUGCGACGUACAAGGCCGUGGGGCCGGGGUGGGACCAGCAGGAGGAAGGCGUGAGCGAGAGCGAUGGGGACGAGGAGUACGCCAUGGCUUCCUCCGCGGAGAGCUCCCCCGGGGAGUACGAAUGGGAGUACGACGAGGAGGAGGAGAAGAACCAGCUGGAGAUCGAGCGGCUCGAGGAGCAGCUCUCUAUCAACGUCUAUGACUACAACUGCCACGUGGACCUGAUCCGGCUGCUCCGGCUGGAGGGCGAGCUCACCAAAGUGAGGAUGGCUCGCCAGAAGAUGAGUGAGAUCUUCCCUUUGACCGAAGAGCUCUGGCUGGAGUGGCUGCAUGAUGAGAUCAGCAUGGCUCUGGACGGCCUGGACAGAGAGCACGUGUACGACCUCUUCGAGAAAGCUGUGAAGGAUUACAUUUGUCCUAACAUUUGGCUCGAGUACGGCCAGUACUCGGUCGGUGGGAUUGGGCAGAAAGGUGGCCUUGAGAAAGUGCGCUCUGUGUUUGAAAGGGCGCUCUCGUCGGUUGGCUUACAUAUGACCAAAGGACUCGCUAUCUGGGAGGCCUACCGGGAGUUUGAGAGUGCCAUCGUGGAGGCCGCCCGGCCCAUAGCUGGCUUCCUUUCCCCUUCUGACCGGGAACAAACCUUUGAUUCACAGCUGGAGAAAGUCCACAGUCUCUUCCGGCGACAGUUGGCGAUCCCACUUUUUGAUAUGGAGGCCACAUUUGCAGAGUACGAAGAGUGGUCAGAAGACCCGCUACCAGAGUCGGUAAUUCAGAACUAUAACAAAGCACUACAGCAGCUGGAGAAAUACAAGCCCUAUGAAGAAGCGCUGUUGCAGGCAGAGGCGCCCAGGCUGGCUGAAUACCAAGCGUACAUCGAUUUUGAGAUGAAAAUCGGCGACCCUGCCCGCGUUCAGUUGAUCUUCGAGCGCGCCCUGGUGGAGAACUGCCUCGUCCCCGAUUUGUGGGUCCGCUACAGUCAGUACCUAGAUCGGCAGCUGAAAGUAAAGGAUUUGGUUUUAUCUGUACAUAACCGUGCCGUGAGAAACUGCCCCUGGACAGUUGCCCUUUGGAGUCGUUACCUCUUGGCCAUGGAAAGACAUGGAGUUGACCAUCAAGUGAUUUCCGUGACCUUCGAGAAAGCUUUGAGUGCCGGCUUCAUCCAGGCCACUGAUUACGUGGAAAUUUGGCAGGCGUACCUGGAUUACCUGAGGAGAAGAGUUGAUUUCAAACAAGACUCCAGUAAAGAGCUGGAAGAGCUGAGGUCUGCAUUCACUCGCGCCCUGGAGUAUCUGAAACAGGAGGUGGAGGAGCGUUUCAGUGAGAGUGGAGACCCAAGCUGCGUGAUCAUGCAGAACUGGGCUCGGAUCGAGGCUCGCCUGUGCAAUAACAUGCAGAAAGCUCGGGAACUCUGGGACAGCAUCAUGACCAAGGGGAAUGCCAAGUAUGCCAACAUGUGGCUUGAGUAUUACAACCUGGAAAGGGCACACGGUGACACCCAGCACUGUAGGAAGGCUCUGCACCGGGCCGUACAGUGCACCAGUGACUACCCGGAGCACGUCUGUGAAGUGCUGCUCACCAUGGAGAGGACAGAAGGUACUCUGGAAGAUUGGGAUAUAGCUGUUCAGAAAACUGAAACGCGAUUAGCCCGUGUGAAUGAGCAGAGAAUUAAGGCUGCAGAGAAGGAAGCCGCGCUCGCCCAGCAGGAAGAAGAGAAGGUGGAACAGCGGAAGAGGGCCCGGGCCGAGAAGAAAGCAUUGAAGAAGAAGAAAAAGACCAGAGGCGCAGACAAGCGCAAAGCAGAAGAGGAUGAUGAGAAGGAGUGGGGCGAUGAUGAAGAAGAGCAGCCGUCCAAACGCAGAAAGGUUGAGGGCAGCAGUUCUCCAGCUGGAGGAGCGCAGGACCGAGAGGCGGAAACGGGGCUCUUGGGGAAAAGCGUGCCUGUUGACGUGGACCCCCCCUCAAAGCAGAAGGAGAGGGCGGCCGCCCUGAAGAGGGAUAUGCCCAAGGUGCCCCACGACAGCAGCAAGGACAGCAUCACCGUCUUUGUGAGCAACCUGCCCUAUAGCAUGGGCGAGCCGGAAGCGCAGCUCCGGCCGCUCUUUGAGGCCUGUGGGGAGGUGGCGGAGAUCCGGCCCAUCUUCAGCAACCGGGGCGAUUUCCGAGGCUACUGCUACGUGGAGUUUAAAGAGGAGAAGUCGGCCCUGCAGGCGCUGGAGUUGGACCGGAAGAAUGUAGAAGGGAGGCCGAUGUUUGUUUCUCCCUGUGUGGAUAAGAGCAAAAAUCCUGAUUUCAAGGUGUUCAGGUACAGCACCGCCCUGGAGAAGCACAAGCUGUUCGUGUCGGGCCUGCCGUUCUCCUGCACUAAAGAGGAACUGGAAGAGCUCUGUAAGGCUCACGGCACUGUGAAGGGCAUCAGGCUGGUUACCAACCGGGCGGGCAAACCGAAGGCGGGGGAAGGGAAGAACGCAGCUCUCCCUGCUGCCUCGUGCCCUGCAGCGCCCAGGCGCCCCGGCUGCCAAGGCCGAGAAUGGCCCCGCCCCUCGGCCUGCGGCCACCACCUCAGCAGCCACCGAGGCGCCCAAGAUGUCCAAUGCCGAUUUUGCCAAGCUGCUUCUGAGAAAGUGACCGGGACUGUGGAGACGGGAAAUGCCUUACUUCAUGCUGGCCAGGAAGACUGCCCGGCACCGGGCGGAACUCUGGGUAUGGAGGGGCCUGGGGCAGCACCCCUCUUACAUAUUUUCCUCUGGGUUAGACAGAAAGGGGUGAGGGUGUCCAAGGAAAGAGGCUUGAAGCGCUCCCUCAUAUUGAGGGCAAUAGGAGGAAAAUGAUCACUCCAUGGUUGGGUCCAGGGUGUCGUUUCCGAAGAUAUUUUUGUGUCCUACAGAGUGAGGAACAGAAGUGAAACUCAAACACCGUUUUGAGACCCACGUGUCCAAAUGUUUUCAGCCAGCUCCGGCCCCCUUUUAUGACACUCCUCUUACACCCUGCACGGCACACAUGCCCGUCACUCUUUUAAUUUUAAAAGACAAAAUGGCAGAUGCUAGUAAUUCACCAGAAUGGCCUAUUUUAGUAAAGGGGUGGUGGGGCAAGGGGAAGUCACCUAAAAAAAUUUGAUGGAUUUUUGUUCAAGGGGGCUGGGCGCGUUUUUAUAUUAUGUAUUUGUAAACGACACAUCAACCGCUGUUUUACGUUUCCUAAAAACAAAGUCUUUGUGACAUUUGUUUUGUCUGGGAGUUCUGUCUGCCACCUGCCGUGGACCAUUUUCUUUGCCCAGUGACGAGUGAGCCGCGUUCUCUGUCCAAAUGUUGCGUUUCAGCCCUUUGGUUUUGUUUAAAUGCCAUGUCAAGUGCAAACUUAAAUUCUCCCCACUUAGCUUUGUUUAUUAAACUGAAGUUCUCUUAAAAA